AGGAAAAUAUUUCCAUAUUUUGAAGCGAAUCCGAUUCCUCCGAACAGAAAAAAACAGCUGUCCCCCUGUCCGACCGGCGGCCGCGCGCCCCGCCCCAGAUCCGCUUCCCUCACGCCGCCAAUAAUCCCAAUAUAUAUGGGCCAAGGGACGCGCCGCCAGUACGCGCCAGUUCUCCUUCUCCCUCUCCCCCAAAUCCUAGCGCUUGAGCCCUAAACCACCCUGAGCGCGGCGCAUGGAGAUGGAGUCGGCUCUGCGCGUGGCCGAUCUGCCGGCAUGCCUCGUGUUCGCUCCCGAGGAUGAGGUGGCGGUGGAGUUCUACCUCCUCCCCCGCCUCCUGGGCUGGCGGCCUCAGAUCGACGGCCUCAUCCUCGAGGACGACCCGCUGAGCGCGCCGCCGUGGGAGCUUCUCGAGCGGAACGGGCGCAAGGAGGAAGCUUUCUUCCUCGCGGAGGGGCAGGCGCGGUGCGGGAAGGGGACGCGGCAGAAGCGGACCUGCGCUGGUGGCGGCUGGUGGGAGGGGCAGAAGACGUGCGCGGAAGGCAACAAGCUGCGCGUCCCCGGCGGCGGCGACCAGGAGGCCGCGUGGCGCAAGAAAGCCCUCAACUUCCACGGCGGCGGCGGCGGCGAGAAGGGAAGCACGGGAUGGGUGAUGCACGAGUACGCGGUCACCGCCCCGGAGGAUCUGGCCCGCUCGCCCCUGAGGUUGUACCACAUCCGACGCAGCAGCUACGGGAGGAAGCAGAGCGGCGCCAUGGAGGUGCCGCGCGCGCUCGGUCUCCCGCCGGGCUUCCUCUUUGCUCCCGAGGACGGCGAUGUCGUCGCACAUUACCUCCUCCGCCGCAUCCUGGGCCAGGCCCUCCCGCUGGACGGCCUCAUCCUCGACGACGACCCACUGAGCGCACCGCCGUGGGAGCUCCUCGAGCGUAACGGAUGCAAAGACGACGCAUUCUUCUUCGCUCUGGGGCAGGCAAAGAGCGGCAAGGGUUCGCGGCAGAAGCGGACAUGCGCAGGCGGUGGGUUCUGGAAUGGCGAGAGGACUUGCGUUGACGGUGAGAAGCUGCGAAUCCCUGGCCCCGGCGGCGCGGAUGAGGUGGCGUGGCGCAAGAAAGCUCUCAGCUUCCAGGAAGGGGGCGAGAAGGGCAGCACGGGGUGGGUGAUGCACGAGUACGCGAUCACCGCCCCGGACCACCUGGCGGAGUCACAGCUGAGGCUUUACCGCAUCCGGUUCAGCGGCCACGGCAAGAAGCGAAAGAGGGGAGAAGCGGAUUCCUUCGCCGACGAAGCAGCUCCAACCGCGGCCCGGCGGCGUGUGGCUGAUGACGCUCCGCUCGACAUGUCAACUUCGCAGCCCAGCUAUUCUUCUUCCAUGGUGAUGGUGGAUCACGCCGAUGGUAAUUGUCCCACUGGUGCAGACCAGCUCGCAGCAGCGCCGGUGUCAAUUUCGGCGAACCAGGACCUCAACCCCGGCAUCACCGUCGAUACCUCCUUGGAUUUGGGCUUUCUUGACAACUUUGACAUCGACGAGUUCAUGCGUUCCCUCGGCGACUUGCCCUCAACCGACCCGUGCGUCUUGCCAGCAGUGACGGAUACGGGAGCAUAUCUUCAUGCCGAUGCUGUGGGAUCAAGCUUCUUCGGCCAGAUGGGAUCACCGUACAAUGGCGUCGGCACCGGUCAGGUGGCAUCAUCUUCUCUGCGUCGCGGCUGCAUGGAGCCUGCAGAUGCCUUCUUCACUGGGCCCAACCAAUCCUAUGCAGCCUGUUAGCUCUAUUGAUCAAGCAAGGAGAAGCCUGAACUUGAAGUGACAACUGAUGUCUAUUGA